AUGAUUAAAGGAUACAAAGGUAAGAAAAGCAAGAUCGAAACAGAAGCAAUAUUUUCGAUCAACGAUAAUAUGAUACCAAUGCUUGGUUAUAAUGACAGGACAACGCGAUAUCUAGGCGUCGACUUUACCUCUAUCGGUGCUAUUAAUGUUCAAAAAGUCAAAAGGGAGAUAUCCGAUGCACUUGAUAAACUCGAACAUCUUAAACUUAAAGCUCAGUGAAGAUGGUUACCCAGGUCAACAAAUCCGAUCGGAUCUCACCGGAUCCGACCAUCCGACAAAAUCCGAUCGGAUCCGAGACCGUCGGAAUCCAAUGCGAUUCCAUCACCAGGAUUUCAUCAGAUCCGUCGAAUUCCUGUAGGAUCUGAUAAAAUCCUAUAUUGGAUCCGAUGGGAUCCGAGUAUGGGAUUGUUCGACCUGGGUAAACGUAUUUUACAUCUACCUGUAUUAACAAGUAAUGAGUUUUUCUAUUUACCGAUUAAAGAAGAUGGUCUUCAAUUAAUGAACAUCAGAGAAACAGUUAGUCUAUCGAAGAUUAAGUUAUACAAGAAAAUAAUGAGUGGUUAUGAUCCAGUGUUACGCUAUCUAGUGCAGACUCAAAAAAAUCGAAUAAUUGAUCAUUUUAUUAUCAAUCUCAAUCUUGAACAAUCGCUAUCUUUAGACGAUGUCAAUCAAAUUAAGGAUAAAUUAGUUAAAGACAAACGAAAUUCAUUUAUCCAGAAAAUUCAUGGUGUUGGGUUCGAAGUUUUCUCCACCAGUCCAUUAACCAACAAAUGGAUGAAGAGAGACAUUAGAACAAUGUCAACACGAACGUUUAUCAACUCAAUUAAACUUCGGACCAACACGUUAGAAACGCGAGUAACAACGACUACAGGAUUAAUCACAAACAAGGUUUGUCGAGGAUGUCAUCAAGCUGAUGAAAGCUUAAUGCACGUACUUCAAGUCUAUCCUACAACGAAAGGACUUCGAAUUAAUCGACAUCAUAUAUUAUGUGUUCGAAUAGCCACCAAGUUACAACAGAAAAAUUAUGAAGUUCAUCGCGAGGAAUCGUAUCCGGAUCCAAACAACACGGAUAUUUAUUUAAGGCCUGAUUUAAUAGCAAUAAAACCUGGAAAUAUUAUGAUUCUUGAUGUAACAAUAGUAUAUGAGAUAUCGGCAGCUACAUUUAUCAAUGCUUACAGGAAUAAAAGUGAAAAAUAUAAUCCGAUAAUAACGCAAGUUAUGCAAAAGUACUACUGCCACAUACGAGAAUGUCAUGGAAUGGUCAUAGGUCCUCGUGGUUCAAUACAUGCUUCGCAACUUCGACAUUGGCACAACAUUGGAAUGUCCUCUACCAAACUCAUCUACACAUCCAUAGGAUGCAUGGAAGACUCAUUAAAAAUUAUGGCUAUCUUUCAAAAAACUAAUCUUUAG